UGAGCCAGUGUUUGCAUACGGGUCGUGGCUACACAUUAGGAAAACUUAGCUACUGCGGUUGAAUCAAGAAACGUUAAAUAACAAGAUGAGCGGCCUCAUUAAAUGCGCCAUUAUCCGUUGUUUACAAACUUCGGACAGCGUGAAGUAAAAAGGCAUUGACUUAUCAAGUCGGGACCCUUUUUCUCUUGAGCAGAGAAAAGAGCAGGUGGAAAUUUUUCGAAAAUCUAAGAACAUAUAAGUAUGCCGAAACGACAUAUUUGUAGGCAAUUUACAGCGAAGGGAUAAUCUCAAAUUAUCCAUCGAUGUUGCAGGCAGGAUUCAGAAAACAUCAAUAAAACUUGGCAAAGUAAGCUAAAAAACAAUCGACGAUCAACAUUUCAACGGAAAUACUUUAUUACACUGAAUCGACUGACAAGGACAGAGACGUUGGGGAACUGUCUAGUGGAAACGGCCGGUGAAGUUAUGGUGAAGAUUUGACAAGAUAAGCCGGACUUUACAACUGAGAACAUAUGCAGCGCAUUGCAAUGGGUGAUAGCGGUAGAUUGGCGCAGUUCCCCGUCUUCGACAACGAUUCAUUUGGCGAUAGGUAUACUUUUACCACAAGUGGCUUUUACCCCAAUGCCACCAAUGAGACAGGAAACACAACCGAACCAGAAGAACAAUCGGCAGUUGUUCUAAUUUUCAAAGGAAUCGCAAUGGCGAUGAUCAUGCUGGCAGCUGUGUGCGGUAAUAUACUUGUAAUUGUGAGCGUGAUCCGAUUUCGAAGAUUACGAGUGAUAACGAACUGUUUCAUAGUUUCCUUAGCAUUUGCGGACUUGUUGGUAGCUAUCCUUGUUAUGCCUUUCAAUGCCAUACAGGAGCUAGCAGGAAAGUGGAUAUUUAAAGACAGACUUGUAUGUGAUAUAUUUAAUGCAAACGAUGUGCUUUUCUCGACCGCUUCCAUAUUACAUUUGUGUUGUAUAAGCAUGGAUCGUUUCAUAGCCAUUAUGCAUCCUCUUCAUUAUGAAUCUAGUAUGACCAAAACACGAGUUGCAAUAAUGUUGACGUUAACUUGGGGUGCGUCAGCGACCAUAUCCUACAUCCCAAUCCACUCUCAGUGGUACACCACGCCCGAAAACUACAAAGAAAUGCUGCGGCAUCCAGAGACUUGUGCAUUUAUUGUGACCAAAGUGUAUGCUGUGAUAUCUUCGUGUGUGUCGUUCUGGAUACCAUGCUCCAUCAUGGUGUUCACCUACCUGAAGGUGUACCGCGAGGCGCGGAGACAGGAGAAGCAGAUCCACGCCCAAACCACCCACUACGCCCGGGGCUCCAUCAGCACCGACGGCAGUAACAGCAGCGGUGGGCAGGUCAACGGAACGGCUUCAGAAGCCUGGAACAGUUCCUUUGCCCGGCAUGGCGAGAGUGAUUCGGGAAGGGACAGGCGGAGAAUGAAGCGCGAACACAAAGCGGCAAAGACACUAGGAAUAGUAAUGGGGGCGUUUGUCCUAUGUUAUCUGCCAUUUUUCUCUUGGUAUGUUAUAAGCACAAUGUGUGACUGUGACACCCCACCUCUGGUGGUGGCGACUUUGUUCUGGAUCGGAUACUUUAAUAGCUGCUUAAACCCAAUCAUUUAUGCUUACUUCAACAGAGAAUUUAGAAACUCUUUCAAAAAACUCUUAGGUUUGGACACGCGAUGUGGCAAAAGGCGUCACGGAUCGGCGCGGCAUUCAUUCGGCCGGAAUCACGUCAACCGAACGUCUGUUAAAAGCAUCCAGCGCCCCUCCGUGGACUGCUCCUGACAGUUAAUAACACGCCCCCAGGGGAAGGCGCAGUCACCAGGAAAGGCCACCGAGCCUUUACCGGAAUUUGUCUGAUCGCCACUUUGCAGACAGCGCUCAAUCGGCUCAAAGUCAACGUCCCACUAUCUAAACAUCAGGCGCCAUCUACCGAUGUUUUAUUACCUGCAGUAGGGCGCAGCGACAUCAAUCGGCGGCCGGGCUACAAAUAAGCCAACUUGAUUGACCAAAGAGACAGAUAUUUCACAGUUAUUAUUAGAAAGUCUUAAAAAGACACGUUGUUUUUCCCACACAAAGUUCCAGACAUACUUUAUUGAACGAACAUAAUGUAUUAGUUAUGGUGUAUUUUGAUGGCUCUCGCACUAGAUGUUUCGUCUUUAUCAUUAACGUAAAUCUGAUUUGACAUUUGAAUUCACAUCACUAGUAUCGUACAAAUUCAAGAAAAUGAUAUCUGAUAUCAAAAUCCACUAGCCUUGAGUCCAAAGAGAAUUGAUACCAUCGGAUGAUUUAUGAUUGCAAUCAUUUACUCGCAAGUACAAGACCGAUAAAACAUUUGGAUAGCUUUGAUGGAGUUUUAUCGGACAUUCAUUUACAUCCAGACUCAUCAGUAAAACCAAGCCACCUUUCAAUCGGAGAUAAUUAUAUUUUGUGUAUCAAAUCAAUGGUUAGGAUUUUUAUAAAUAGACACUUGAUAACGUCCUAUAAUACGAACAUAAUAUACUCGUAGGUGAUAAAGUUGCAAGGUACUUUGUUCCAUUAGUAAUAGCUUGAUGCACACAGGGUUACAACAACAAGUUUUUUCUUAAGAAUCCAAGGCGCAAUGCUACUGUUUUUUCUGUUUGAGGCGAUUCGCUUUACAAGCCACGUUUUGUGAGUUUGUUUUGAUGUUGUGAAGUUAAAAGUAAACGAAAUGUAAUGCAAAUUGUCUACAUGUAUAUGUGUACACGUGUAACAAAGUGCACUGCACAAAAAUCUUUACCCAGCAUAUCCAAGGUUGAAAACGAGUGAGUUACACAUUUCUGACCAUGUCCGCAAAAUGCCCUAGUUGAUGGCGUGUUCCAUUAUUGGUACCUACCACACAAGGGGCAUCGUUUCUUUUCACUGUCCAAUAGCUUAACUCGAGAAAAUUGCUAAGAUUUGAGACUCAUAAAACUUGUCAUGCAAACCAUGAAAUAAAUCAGUCAGGGAAAUCAAUUUGUCCUUUGUCGAUUUGCACAAGAAGUUACCGUACAUGUGCACUGUUUAUCUGCCCUUUAAUAUGAAAAGCAAAUUGUUUACCAAAGAGGCGCAUCUUCGUGCACAUAAUGUGGU